AUGGACAAGAUUAAGAAGCAGAGAACUACCAAGAGGUCGGCGACCACACGCAUCGUAGGAGAAGUGGAAACCGAACUAGCAAAGGAAGAAUAUGAUGAGACCUAUCUACGAGUCAAAUUACAGAAGCUGAACAGCCUUAGUGAAGAGUUAUCGGAGUUGAAUCAGAAGGUGAGGGAUGGCAUGUUAGACGCCAACUCCACCCAGGACGAAUUGGAUGAAGAGGAAAAGGCGAUCGAAGAAUAUGAAGCAAAGCUAGCGACCGCUAUUAUGGAAAUCAAGGAAGUCCUCUCCACCAAUUCAAGCCCUGUCUCAAGUGUCGCCGGAAGUGCGGCGUCAGCUGAAGGCAGGUCGAGUUACAAACUACCGAAAAUUGAGCUGACUAAAUUCGGCGGAGACGUGAAGGAAUGGCUCGGAUGGUGGGCUCAGUUCAACGGCAUCCAUUCAGAUGAGAAUAUGCCAAUCAAUGUGAAAUUUCAAUAUCUUGUGCAAGCCAUCAUCCCUGAAAGUAAAGCGCAAGCAGUCAUCAAGAUUUAUCCGAGAUCAGACGAUAACUACCCAUUAGUCAUUGCUGCCCUUAAGAAGAGAUUUGGGAACGAGAAAAUUCUUCGCCAGCUCUACAUCCGUGAAUUAUUGGGCAUGGUACUGAAAGCAAGAGACUCAGAUAAGAAGAUGGGGUUAUCUAUGCUGCACGAUCAAUUAAAGGGGAAGUUGAAGGCGUUGGAGUCACUUGGGAAGUUAACAGACCCCAACGAGCUAUUGUAUCCCCUGGUCGAGUCCUGUUUACCCAACGAGGUCCUCAUUGCGUGGCAGAGGAGUCCCUUAAAAGAUAAGAAGUUGGAGCAAGGAGAAUCAGAACUCGACAAUUUGAUGACAUUUCUGGAGAGGGAGGUGGAAGAUGAAGAGGAAAGGUGCCUUGCGAAAAAUGGAUUGGAUCAGACUGCCAAAAAGAAAGGGAGUGGGCAAAAGGAUCGAAGCAAGGACAAGGGAGAGUCAGUUCAUGAAUCAUUUAAGAAUAUGGGAUUGGAAGACACCCCUACUUCUGCUGGACUGACGGCUUCCACAGCAAACAAGAAUGGCUGCAUAUUUUGUGACAAGACAAAUCACCCGAGUCAGGACUGUUUUAAAGCAAGAAAUCUAUCAUUGGAACAGAAAGAAGAGAAAAUAAAAGAGAAAAGAGCUUGCUUCCGGUGCCUGAAAAUUGGUCACAAUGCUAACAAGUGCAAGGGAGCCGUGAAAUGUUUUGGUUGCGGUAAGAAUCAUCACUUACUAAUGUGUCGCGGUGGAGAAAAGAAAGAGACUCCUCCGCCAGAAGAACUCAACCUUUCAGUUAUUCGUCAUAACAAUUUCGCCAAGAGUCAAGAUGUGCUAUUGAAAGUGGUCGUUGUUCGUGCUGUCGGCCCGAGUGGAUCGUGUCGUGUGAGAAUGCUAAUUGACGAAGGAAGUCAAGUCAGCUAUAUUGGAUCCAGAACGGUGAACAUAACGGGUUCGAAAUCAAAAGGCACAGAACAUGUCAAAAAUAUCUUACUGGGUGGAUAUGUGACGGAGCUACAUGAAGAAAGCUUGAGAGAAGUGAUUGUGAAGAAUAUGCUGGGGACCAUCGAGAAGACAUGGAUUCUAAGGGAAAAGCCAAUUGUGUGUACUUCGCUGCCGAGAAUUCCUAAAGGACCAUGGGUGGACCAGCUUAAAGCAAAAGGAAUAACUUUGUCAGAUUUGGACACAGUUAAUGUCGACCAGUGUGACGUUGAAAUCCUCAUUGGCUCAGAUUUGCGAGGACAAGUUAUGACUGGAAGACGAAGCAAUUUGGGAGAUGAUCUCUAUGCAGAGGAAACGAUCUUCGGAUGGGCGUUGGGUGGACCUCUCAAGUCGAAUAAGUCACACCACUCCAAUACCGUGAUUUCUCUGUUCCAGAGUCAACUUAAUGUUCAAGAUAUGUGGUCAUUGGACAGUUUGGGAAUUCAGGAUCCAAUUCAAGUGAAGACAAAGCUCCAAGAAGAGGAAGAAGCCAAAACCCACUUCAAAAAUAAUGUGUCAAGAAAUGAAGAUGGGCGGUAUUCUGUUGGAUUACCUUGGAUCGAAAACAGACCUGAAUUACCUGUCAAUAAAUUCGUUGCUGAGAAGAGACUUCAGUCAACAACUAGGAAAUUAAAAGAUCAAAGUGCAGUGGACAUGUACAGCAGUGUGUUCCGGGGGUGGGAGGAUGAGCAAAUAGUGGAACCAGUCAAGAUUGAAUUUAAAGAGGAUCAAGCUGGUCAUUACCUACCGCACCGCCCAGUGUUCAAGCCCGAGAGUCAAACGACACCUGUUCGUCCUGUCUUUGAUGCAAGUUGCAAGAGUGUUGGGAAACCGUCUUUAAAUGACUGCUUAUAUAAAGGUCCCAACUUAAUUGAGCUCAUUCCAUCCGUUUUGCAUAGAUUCAGAGAAAGAAGAUUUGGAGUGGUGUCGGACAUCCGGAAAGCCUUCCAGAUGAUUGAGGUGCGAGAGGAGGACAGAGACUAUCAAAAAUUCCUGUGGUGGGAGGAUCAAGUCCAGAACACUGUGAAACCCUUACGUCAUACGCGGGUCGUGUUUGGAUUGACCUGCAGCCCUUUCCUUCUCGGAGCGGUGUUGGAGCUGCAUUUGUCCCAUGUGAAGCAAGAAUAUGAAGCUGUGGCUCGAAAACUGCUCCAAUCAAUGUACGUGGACAACAGCGUGACCUCAUUCAAUACUAUGCAAGAGUACGAAGAUUUUCGCAAGAUUUCAACAGAUAUUUUGGCCGAGGCGAAAAUGGAUCUUCGUCAGUGGGAAUGUAGCGGUGUCAAUAUUGAACAAGAGGCAAUAACUGGUGUACUAGGAUUAGUGUGGGAUCGACAUGAUGACACUUUAUCCUGUGACGUGCAGCCUGUUAUUGUCGAUGGACCAGUUACUAAGAGGAAAAUAUUAUCUGUCGUGGCGAAAUUGUUCGACCCCAUAGGAUUCACGUGCCCUGCCACUCUUCAACCAAAGUUGAUGCUACAGGAGAUGUGGCGAACCGACAAGGGAUGGGACGAUGAGGUGGAGGAAGAACAAGUUUCAAAAUUUAUGAAGUGGUGCCAAGAAAUUUAUCUCUUGUCAAAAAUCAAGAUUCCAAGGAGGAUGAUGCUGCGGGCUGAAUCAAGUGGUACUCAGUUACAUUUAUUCACGGACGCGAGUAGCUACGCCUAUGCAGCAGUUAUCUACAUUCGAAGUGAACGAGGACCGGAAGUCAGUGUGCAACUCGUUCAAGCCAAAGCCCGUGUAGCUCCUUUGAAAGGAGGAACAAUUCCCAGGCUCGAGUUGAUGGGAUGCUUAAUUGGAGUCCGGUUAUUGAAUAUGGUGCGUGACUCUCUUGAUAUUCGAAUUGAUCGAGAGUUUCACUGGACGGACUCCACUACAGCUCUUGCCUGGAUUCAGAGAGGGGAAGAGUGGGGGACUUUUGUGGCGAAUCGGGUCAAGGAAAUAAGAAGUUCGACCUCGGUUUCAAAUUGGAGGCAUGUCCCUGGCGUACUCAACCCUGCAGAUCUUCGGUCGCGUGGUUGCCCUCCAAAUGAAUUACUUGAGUCGAAAUGGUGGGAGGGCGUGAACUGGUUGAAGCGACGUGAAGAAGAAUGGCCAUCCAACAAAUGUGAAGUUGAUGAAGAUGAGGUACGAAAAGAAGGCAAAGGACGGAAAAGGACAAUAAUGCAAGUAUUCAGAGAAAAGUCCUGGUUCCACUGCAAAUUCUCCUCAUUUCACAAGACUGUUAGAGUGAUGGGAUGGAUUUUAAGAUUCGUGACCAACUGCAACAAGGACAAAACCAAACACGUGAAAGGAUCAAGGUUAAGUCACAGUGAAUUCAAAGUUGCAGAGCACCAGAUUCUCCACGGUAUUCAGAAAGAGUGUCUUCGUUCUGAUGUCACUGAAUUAAAGAAGAAACUUUCCGUGGUGGAGAAAAAUGGAUUACUUUGUGUGAAGACUCGACUACUAAACAAGGAGGACACUGAUUGCUUUCGAUGGCCCGUAAUUCUCCCCAGUGACCAUUAUCUAGUGAAGAUGAUGAUAACAGAUUUGCAUAAGUUAUAUUCUCAUCCUGGAGCGCAAUUUCUGCUGUGCAAAUUAAGAGAGCGAUUUUGGAUCCUGGGAGGAAGGAAAGCAAUGAAGAGAAUUAUUAGAGCAUGUCCAAAUUGUCGUAGACAUGAUGUGAGACCUUUAUGUGUGGAACCUUCUGCACUCCCAACUAAUCGUGUGACACCCGGCGAAGUGUACGAGACAACCGGAGUAGACCUGGCUGGCCCCGUGAUUCUGAAAGACGGAAGCAAAAUGUGGAUUGUGCUUUUUACUUGCUCCGUCUACCGGUUCGUUGCGUUUGAUGUGGUGUCAUCUCUAAGUACGGAAGCAUUUAUGGGAGCGAUGCAGCGGUUCAUCAAUAUUUAUGGACGUCCCCGAACCUUCUGCAGUGACAAUGGGACUAAUUUUGUGGGUGUAGCAAAUUUGCUGAAGACGCUGGAUUGGGAGGAAAUUCUCCAGAAGUGUGACGUGUCAGCGAUCAAAUGGACUUUGAAUCCUCCUUCUGCACCGUGGUGGGGAGGAUGGUGGGAGCGUCUGGUGCGAUCCAUGAAGAAUCAAUUACGUCGUAUGUUGGGAAAGGCUAAAUUGACGUGUGAAGAGCUGCGCACCAGUUUAUCAGCAGUUCAAGCAACCAUCAAUGACCGACCGCUGACCGUGUUAACUGAAGAUUCUGGUGACCUAAUUCCUUUGACUCCAUCCAUGUUUCUUCAUCCCAGUAGGAGUGCCCAUUUCCCAGAAGGAGUUAUAGUCUGUCAAAGUGGACUUGAAGGGAAUUAUAAGAAGAUGCAAGUUGUUCAAGGUCAACUCCAACAACGAUUUAGGACCGAGUACUUGGCUCAAUUAGUGCAACGAGGGAAUGAGACCAAGGGUGCUAAUCUGAAGAUUGGAGAUGUGGUUCUAAUAGGAGCAAAAAACAAGAAGAGGUACGAGUGGCCAAUCGGACGUAUUGUGGAAAUCAUUAGAGGACGUGACGGUCACUGCAGAGUCGCCAAAGUGCAAACCGCCCACGACUAUGAAUUAAAGACGGAGAAGUCCGGCCAGUACACAGUGACGAAGGUGAAGAAGGGACACGUGUUGACAAGACCCCUCCAACGCUUGUACCCAAUGGAAAUCUCUUCAUCGACGGAUCUACCAGAGGUGGAGGUGGCUAAAAUUCGGGAAAAAGUCAGCGAGCCCCAAUGUCAAGAUUCUAGCCCCAUUCAAGAUGUGCCCCACGUGAAGCAUACUCGUUUUGGGAGACAAAUCAAGAGCCCAACGCGACUUUCAUAUUGGAAUUAUGAGUACAGUGUUAAUAAUGAUGUUAUGUAA